UAGGUCGCGGGAGGGCAGUGUCUGUGGACGAGUUCGUUAGGCAUCCCGCGGAGCCCGUGGUCCCGAAGUCAGGCACUGCAGGCUGAACCCUGAGAUGCACUCCCGUGGAGGGUACAACACAGAAGAGAAAAGAUGGCCGUUGUAUGUUUAGAAGAGAAGUUUGAGGGUAUUUGUAUAUGCUGUUUCAUCAAAGAAACCGGGGCAUUGUAUGGACUGUAUUCACUCCAGACUUACAGUAUAAUGAGAUGCUUUAUAAGCAGAACACACCCACAGGAGAAAACUGGAACCUGCUUACACCUCAUCACUUAAUUCUGUGCUGUCUAUGUCAGAGCCUCCGUCUUUCGCUUGGCAGUGCCCAUUAUGGGGUCUCCUUUCUCAUCGUUCCCUCCAGUGAGGAGCCGUGUUGUUCAUUUCUACAGCUGGAGCUGUGUUUGUUUCAGAAGCGAUGUGCAAUAGUGUUGCUUUGAAUUCUCACGGGAAGAGUGGACAUGCCUGGACUCUACUCAAAGGGAUUUGUACAGAGAAGUGAUGUCUGGAAAGCUGACUUGGGGUCAGUUGACUUGACUUUUAGAUGUUUGAAUAAGGACUUACCUUCAAAAUAGCACAUUAAGGAAUCAGAAUGAUCUCAGUGGGAAGUGAGUGGCAGGUUUAAAGACUGCACCUAAGACUAAUACUAAUUCUGGGAGGUAUUUGGAAGUCAAAGACAGGCUAGAGAAGGAAGAAGAAAAUCAGAAGUAAUAUUACAGGCAAGAGAUGAUAACAUAUGACAAAAUGUCCGUUUUCAGCCCUCAUACUUAUUUAUCUCAGCAUCCAAGAGCUUAUUCUACGGAGAAACCCUAUAAAUGCGAGGACUGUGGGAAAGCCUUCAGACGGGCUUCACACCUAACUCAGCAUCAGAGCAUCCACACUGGGGAGAAGCCCUAUGAAUGUAAGCAGUGUGGGAAAGCCUUCAGUCGUGACUCCCAGCUAAGUCUUCACCAAAGACUUCAUACCGGCGAGAAACCCUACGCAUGCAAGGAAUGUGGAAAGGCUUUUACUCAAAGCUCACAACUUAUUUUACAUCACAGGAUUCAUACUGGUGAAAAACCAUAUAAGUGUGAAGAAUGUGGGAAAGCCUUUAUUCGAAGCUCACAACUCAGCCGACAUCAAAAAGUCCAUACUGGUGAGAAGCCCUUUGAAUGUAAAGACUGUGGAAAGGCUUUCCCUCAGAAUUCGCAGCUUACUCUGCACCAGAGACUGCAUACUGGAGAGAAGCUUUACGACUGUACAGAAUGCAGGAAGGUCUUUACUCAGCUGUCCCAGCUCAUUCUCCACAGGAGAAUCCACACUGGCGAGAAGCCCUAUGAAUGUGUAGAAUGCGGGAAGGCUUUUAUCUGUGGUUCCCAGCUUUCACAGCACCGGAAAACUCACAAUGGAGAAAAGCCAUAUGAGUGUAAGGAAUGUGGAAAGGCUUUUAUUCGAGGCUCACUACUUAUGCAACAUCAAAGAAUUCAUACUGGCGAGAAGCCCUAUAAGUGUGAUGAGUGUGGAAAGGCUUUUAUCCGUGGUUCCCAACUCACUCAGCAUCAGAGGGUUCAUACUAACGAAAAGCCGUAUGAAUGUAAAGAAUGUGGAAAGACCUUCAGUCAUGGCUCACAACUAACUCAACACCAGAGAAUUCAUACUGGUGAGAAACCUUACCAAUGUAAGGAGUGUGGGAAAGCCUUUAACCGUGGAUCACUGCUUACGCGACAUCAGAGGAUUCACACUGGUGAAAAACCCUACGACUGUAAAGAGUGCGGAAAAAAUUUUAGUCGAGGCUCAGAACUUACGCAGCACGAGAGAAUUCACACUGGCGAGAAACCCUAUGAGUGUAAGGACUGUGGAAAAUCUUUUAUUCGUAGCUCACAGCUUACUCAACAUCAGAGAAUCCAUACCGGUGAAAAGCCAUAUGAGUGUAAGGAGUGCAGAAUGGCCUUCACGCAGAGCUCACACCUUUCCCAGCACCAGAGACUGCACACUGGUGAGAAGCCCUAUGUAUGCAGCGAAUGUGGCAAAGCCUUUGCGCGUGGAUUACUGCUCAUACAGCAUCAGAGAAUUCAUACAGGGGAAAAACCGUAUCAGUGUAGGGAAUGUGGGAAGGCCUUUAUUCGCGGCUCCCAGCUGACUCAACAUCAGCGAACUCACACUGGAGAAAAACCUUAUGAAUGCAAGGAAUGCGGGAAGGCCUUUGGUCAUGGCUCUCAGCUUACUCUACAUCAGAGAAUCCACACAGGCGAGAAGCCCUAUGAAUGUAAAGACUGCAGAAAGGCCUUCGCUCAGAGCUCACAUCUUUCUCGGCACCAACGGAUUCAUACUGGUGAGAAGCCAUAUCAGUGUAAAGAAUGUAAGAAGGCCUUUACUCGAGGGUCACAGUUAAUGCAACAUCAGAGGAUUCAUAGCAGUGACAAACCUUUUGACUGUAAAGAAUGCGGAAUAGACUUCAGUCAUCAUUCACAAAUUUUUGUUUGAGUUAACUUAUUUUUUUUUUUUUGAUCAGCAUACCGUUUCCUGGUCAUUAUCAGUGAAGAAAUCUCACAGAUGUGAGUGUGGGAUUCAUGAGUUUCAGCAUUUGGAGAAUUAUAUGGGAGAAUGGAAAUGCUGAUAUAAUGCGCAUAGGGAAGCAUUUGUUUAUAACUAUACUGCAUUUUAGAAAUUAAAAUAGAAAGUGGUUCUGUUACUGUGGUAUAUAAAGGUCUUUAGCACAGAAAACAUCUGUGUCAACAUUAUAGUGGUCCUAUCAGUUCACUUCCUUUGUGACAUUUGUUAUAAAUAGCCUUGCUUUGGUUUAAUCGUUUGUAAGAUAGAUCUAAGGCCAUUUUUUUGUCUUAUCGUGUCUAAACAUGUAAAAGCACUUAGAACAGUGCCUUGAACAUAGCAGAUCAUAAACAUUAGGUGCUAUUUUUAUUAUUGUAAUUCCAGAGAAUUUGCAUGAAAGAAGGAACUAUGUAGUUAACAUUAAGAAUUCUUUCACUAUUAUUUGUCCUAAACAAAUUAUUUGGGUGGGAGGCAUUAUACACUGUCACCAAUGUGAGAAAGCAUCCAUUCAAAUCUCAUGCAUUUAUUAUAAGAGAAAUGUAUGGAGACACUCUGUGGCAUUUGUAGGUUAUUGAGCACCACUGUUCCUGACUGUAGGAGAGGUGUGGUUUCCCAUAAAAGUCCCAAGCUUACAUGUUUCACCCUCUUUGAUGUCAACUCAAGGAUAUUUAUAAAUGAUGAACUAAAUACUCAAGAUUAAUCUAGGAAAUAAAAAAACUUGAAUAUUUAGUUGGUUACCUAAAAUAAAAAGUUACACCCCUAGACUGUAUUUCAUUUACAGUGAAAAAGUCUGAUGUGUUUGUACGGCAGACUGCUGUCCACAGCUCGCAUUUCCAUGUCGGUCACAAGAAACCCAGGCAAAAAGUCCUGUCUCCAUCUCCAUCGCAGGUCAACAAGAUGAAAACGGCAUUUGUAUGAGUAGAGUAUUUAAGAAACCCUUCCUCUGUUUCUUUUCCCUUCUUAACACUGUAGGCAUCUGAGGUGGAGCCCAGAUAGCCUCAUGAGGAUUUUGGAAGUGGUAUCUGGGUGUUUUGGAUGAUGGAGGCUGCAACCCUGCUGAUUUUGUGAACAGUCAUUCCAACUCUGCUCUGCCUUUGUAUUCUUUAUUUAAAAUUAAAGUGACCCUCAUACUUGUUGACGCUCUCCUAGUACUCUGAAAGAUAGCCCCCCUCUCCCUCCUUCCCUCCCCCCUCUUCCUCUCUGUUCUCUUGAGAGUUUCUCUGUGUAGCCCUGGCUGUCCUGUUACUCACUCUGUAGACCAGGCUAGCCUCAAACUGGGAUUAAAGGUGUGUGCCACCAUGGCUAGCAAUGAAGCUUGCUUUAAGGGCAUAAAAUAAUGUUUGCCCUGGAAAUAGGCUGCUGGGAAUAGGUGAGAUCUCAAUAUUGAUCUAAGGCCAUGGACAGAGAGGGCAUAUUGAGAGUGAGCUACAAAACUGAAUUUCUUAUUGUUUCAGGCAAGACAUUUGCUCAGCCUGCGUCCUACUGUCUUAUAAGGUAGACCAGAUACCAAUCUAGGCAGCAGUGUUAGAAGAAAUAACAGGAAUGAUACAGAACAUGCAUGCUCAGUAUUUCUUGCUGGUUUAAAAAAUAUCUUGUGCUGAGUGGUGGUGGUGCAUGCCUUUAAUCCCAGCACUCGGGAGGCAGAGGCAGGUGGAUCUCUGUGAGUUUGAGGCCAGCCUGGUCUACAAGAGCAAGUUCCUGGACAGACUAUGUUAAAUGUAAUUGUAUCAGGCAUGGUGGCAUACCUGUAACCCCGACACUUGCUGGUGAAGGUAG